GCGCCGGCCGUAAAGCGCCGCGCUGGCGCCAGCCGCCUUUACGACACCGGCAGGGCCGCAGCUGCAGCCGCCGCCGCCGCCGCCGCCAUGUUCGGUGCGGCCGAGGAGGACGACGCCGAUUUCCUGGCGCCCGGCGGCGGUGCCAGGUUGGCCUCUCUCUUUGGGCUGGACCAGACAGUCUCAAGCCAGGGAAAUGAAUUCUUCCAGUACACGGCACCGAAGCAGCCCAAGAAGGGGCAAGCAGCAGCUGCAGGUCAGGCGGCCCAGAAGGCACCCGUGGCCCCAGCAGCUUCAGGAGCACCGUCGGUCUUCGUGGCCACUGCGGUUCAUGCUUAUCGAUAUACAAAUGGGCAGUACUUAAAGCAAGGCAAGUAUGGAGCAGCUGUAGUGGGGAACCAUGCCACUAAAGAGUACAGGAUUCUCCUUUACAUCAGUCAGCAGCAACAGAUCGCAUCUGCAAGGAUCCAUCCAGGCUUCGUGCUCACGGUUCAACCCAACAAUUACAGUACCUUCUAUGAUGAUCAGAGACAAAACUGGUCAAUCAUGUUUGAGUCAGAAAAGGCAGCGAUGGAUUUCGGUAAACAGGUGUGCAUUGCUAAGUGCAACAGCUCCCCAGUGCUCGAUUCAGUCCUCUACCAGGAUCUCCUUCUUGGAGAAGGGCAGGGAGUCGAAGGAGGGGACUCUCUGGAGAUUGCCUAUACAGGCUGGCUGUUCCAGAACAAUGGGCUUGGACAGGUAUUUGACUCAAACAUUAACAAGGACAAGUUGUUGCGCCUUAAGCUGGGAUCUGGAAAGGUCAUCAAGGGCUGGGAAGAAGGAAUGGUGGGGAUGAAGAAAGGAGGACGACGGUAUCUCAUUAUUCCUCCAGCCUGGGCCUAUGGGACUCAGGGAGUGUCUGGCCGUGUCCCUCCAGACUCUACUUUAGUUUUUGAGGUGGAGGUUAGGCGGGUGAAGCUGGUAAAGGAAGGCUCUGGUUCAGAUGGACAGAGCGUUAGUUCAAGGGAUUCUCCUGCACCUUCUCCAGUACCCAACUCAGAUGGCUUCUCUGCAGACACUGCUUUAUUGCCUCCAUCUACGAUACCUCCAAAGCCUGGGGAGCCAGCUGUUCGGGCCAAGUCAAACUCCAUCAGUGAACAGUUAGCAAAUCCGAAUGUAGCAAAGGCGAAGUUAAUUUCUCGGAUGGCUAAAAUGGGACAGCCCAUGCUGCCUUUCCUUGCCGGGACGGCAGGUAGUCAGCUUGACUCCAGUGACUCAGAAAUAGAGGAUCCAAAUACGCAGAGAGGGGCAUCGCAGCCAGUGGCUUCAUCUUCCAUGAGACCAUCACAGCCAGCUCAUGCUGUACUGCCUACAGUGUCAUCACAAGUACCUCAAGCAUCUGGUUCUAUGCCUCCGGUAUCUUCUGCUGCUUUAAUACCUGCAACAAUCCAACCCCAUUCAGUUCUGCCUGGAGGAGCACAGGGCUUUCAGCCAUAUCCAGGAAUGCCACUUGCUUACCCCCAAACUGCUACAUCUGCUUCUCAGCUCCAGCCUGUAGGCCAGCUGUAUCCCACACCUUACCAAGCACCUGGGGAUGUUACUUCCUUUUUGAUGACAGAAGCUCGGCAACAUAACACUGAAAUCCGAAUGGCUGUUAGCAAAGUAGUAGAUAAAAUGGAUCAUCUGGCUGCAAAGGUGGAGGAGUUGAAGAAACAAAAUGCUGGUAACACCUCACUGCUGCCUGGUAUUUCCUCUGUUACUAUGGAAGCCUCUAUGAUCAUGAGCAACAUCCAACGUAUAAUCCAGGAGAAUGAGAGACUGAAGCAAGAAAUAUUUGAGAAGAGCAGUCGGAUUGAGGAGCAGAAUGAGAAGAUCAGCGAGCUCAUUGAGCGAAAUCAGAGAUACGUCGAACAAAGUAACUUGCUAAUGGAGCAGAGGAACCAUUCACUGCAAACAACAAAUGAAAACACACAGGCAAGAGUGUUGCAUGCAGAGCAAGAGAAGGCCAAAGUUGCGGAGGAGUUAGCAGCUGCCACAGCACAGGUUUCCCAACUGCAACUGGAGCUGACUGCCCACAAAAAGAAGGAAAUGGACCUGCGGAAACAGCUCUCUGCUGCUCUGCAGGAGGCAGAGCGACAUGAGACACAGCUCAACAAACUGCAAGCACAGUUAGCGGAGCUCCAAGAAGCCUCUGAGGACACUCAGACUAGGUUCAAAGCUGAGAAGCAGAGCCGUAAACACCUGGACAUGAAGAUUACUGCACUGGAAGAAGAGCUGGCAGACCUAAAAGUAGAAAAGGAGACUCUUGAAAAGAAUCUUGCUGAGAGGAAGAAGAAAUCCCUUUCAGAGAGAGCUCAAGCAGAGGAAGAGAUGGAAGAAAUACGCAGGUCGUAUCAGCAGGAACUGGACAAGCUUCGACAGUUGUUGAAAAAGGCGAGGACUUCGACUGACCAGGCAGCAGCAGAGCAGCUAUCGCUCAUACAGGCAGAGCUGGAAUCCCAGUGGGAAGCCAAAUGUGAACGUACGUUGGCCUCGGCCAAGGAGCAGCACGCCAGGCAGUACCAGGAGGUGUGUGAGCAGAGAGACUCCCUGCAGCAGCAGGUGUCCCAGCUAGAAGAGAAGAUUGGGGCUCUAAAACACUUAAAAAAAGCAGAGGAGCAAAAAUUGUCUGACCUUCAGCAACGUUUGGAACAACUGGAGCCUAUCAGAGAGAAGUAUUCAGCCUUGCAGUCUGAUGUAGCAGUACUGAAGGCUCGCUAUGAAGAACGCAUCCAAGAACUGGAGAAGGAUCAGGACAGAUCUUCACCUGCAGACUUCACAGAAGAAGUAAAGAAAAUAAUGAAUGGGGUAUUUCAGUCUCUUCGGGGUGAAUUUGAACUGGAAGAGACCUACAGUGGCAGGACAGUUCUGGGUGUUGUCAUGAACACUAUUAAGACUGUAACACUGCAGCUACUCAACAAGCAGCAGGAGAAAUCAGAGCAUGACAGUAAAACAGAAGAACCUGGAGCAGGGAGGCCGGAGGGAUCGCUUGGAGCAAAGAAAGACCACGAAGAGUCUGUGCUGCACAGCCCUGCACAGGGUGCUGCUUGCCCAGCUGGUCCUGGAGAAGUGAGCACAGGCUCCCCGGUGUGUGACCAGAAAGGUGAAUCUGUGUCUCUGGUUGCCGGGGCCAGGAUGCCUGAGGAGGAGCAGACAGCACAAAGCAACGGGGUGUCAGAAGAGGAGGAGGUCCCUCAGGAGUCCCUCUCUUCCAGAGCAGAGUCCUGCCUAAAUCCUGAUAAGCAGCCUGAGCUUGCAGAACAGGCUGUUCCCAAGGUGGAUGAGGACUUUGUCCUAGCUGGGCAGAGGCAGGAGAGCAGCCCUAUCAAGAAAGCUGAGACUGAACGCAGUCCCUCCAGAGUAUCUUGGCAGGCAGAAGUUGCAGAACCUUCUGCUCUAGAAACCGGGUCUGGAGAAGUGGAUGUGGCUGUGCUUCCAGAGGAGGCAUCUGCAGAGCAGAAGGCAGAGGAGCUUGUGGGAGGCUUAGAGCCCCCUCCCUUAAGCAGUGAAGGAGGAAACUGCACAGACCUCUCAGAUGGAGCUAGUUCUGACCAGGAGCCUGCUUCCGUAUCCGUGGCAGAGAGAAGCUCAGCUGUCAUCAGAGAAAUCCCACAACAGCAGGAACUGGGCUCCAGCCCCAGGCAAAAAGAUUCCAGCCUCUUUGAGGAUGACAACUUUAAAACAACAUCUCGUAAACCACUGAAGCCUCAAGUUCCCUCUGAAGAGGAGGAUGAGGAGGAAGUGAGCAUGAAGGGGCGCCCCCCUCCUGCUCCGCUCUUUGCUGAUGAUGACGAUGAUGAUCUGGACUGGCUGGGAUGAAGAGCUGGCUGGUGAGCCUGUGUGCCCUCUCCUCUGGGCACGGCCUCUUCCCGUGCACUUAGCACUUAACAAGCUGCAGAUAUGGGACAGUUGUGAACAACCAGGGACUUCCCAGGCUAUUGUACUGCAAGCUGACAGGGCCUGAGAGCAAGCGUCUCUGGUUUGCACUCUUGGGCACUCAGACCCGUCGUUCUGACCCGACAGACAUGCGCAGAGGGUGGGACAAGCUGCAGGAGCUGACCAGUCUCGCUGCAUGGUUGUAUUGCUGUCCUACUUCUGUGAACCGUUGAUUCAUUAAUCUGAAACGUUAUGCAAAUACGAGCUAUGUAAAGUGCUUCAGAAGAACGAGUUUGGCAGGACCCUGCAGUAGGUAACUAUUUUCAUAAGUCAGACUAAAAUUUCCUCUCCUUCCCCCGUGAUGAUCUUGGAAUAUUCCUGUUAGGCUCUACGCCUCUGCACCACCUCAUCUCCUUAGGCUUAGAGUGCUGUGGGAGAUCCAGCUGAGAUGCAGGCGGAUGCUUGCUGAAGGCUCUGCACAGACAGCUUCUGGAAACCCCAGGGGCUGACAGGUUCAGGUCGGUGCUGCUGUACGUUCAGAGCUGCAGCACACAUGGGCUCGCUGGCCUGCAGCCUGCUGGGCAGAGGUACCCUUUAGUGGUACUGGAGGUCGGGCUCUGUUGGGCCGAUGCCCACAGGUAGCACCUGGUAAUUGCUGUUGUGAGGAGCCACAUCCCCAGCUGUGGCUUACAGAGGAGCUUGAGGCUCACCAAGGCCUCGCGAAAGUGAUUCAGUGCGCAGCCUGUGCGGACAGCUCAUCUCUUGUCUGUUUGCAUGCAGAGGUGAGGUUUUCUCUGCUGGGUUGUGCAGCACUGCCAGAGAAAGCAGCAACGCAGAUGUGUAACGUGCUCUUUUUCAGAGAAGAAAGAGCUACUGUAGGCAGCCAAACCCCUCUCCUGUGCCUUUUUCUCUGUCGCUGCUUUAGGUGUGAUGAGCAUAGCAAACGUUAAGCUGAUGGUGGUUGGACAUGUAUAAACCAGCCUGACCGGGGCUCUGCUGUGCAGCCAGGGCUUGGGGUGUAAGUUCCUGUAACUUCUUUGUCUAGGUGGAGCUAGAGGGGAGAGCAGUGAGGACAGAUAGCUGGGCAGCCAAGUUGGAUUUCUCAUGGCACUCUUAUUUCUAGGCUCACCAGCACCUGAUGCAACUUAGUAGAAGCAGUUCAUACAGUGUCUCUAAAACAAAUAGCGCCACCACCCUCUUCCAUUAAUAAAAAUUGAAGUUGUUAAAAUAAUUCUGCUACCAUUUAGCUUCCACUGCCUUCUCUUGUCCUCUCCAAAGUGAGUUUGAACUCUGCCCUCUUAAAUGCUAUUUUCUUGGGGGAAAAAGAGUAGAAGUACUGGGUGUUCCUGUGCGUCAGGGUAGCAGUCUGUCAGGUCCCUGUCCCUGCUUUGCCCUCUGUGUGUGACAAAUGGCCAAGCGCAGAGCCCAAAGCCUGUGAGACAACCAGCCACAGGGCCACUUGUGUCAAAGGGUGAACUUAGCUUAAGUUUCCUUGAAAGCUGCUCCAGGAAUCAAAGAACAGAGUAAUUAUUCAGUGCUGAACAGUGACAGGGUGUGAAACCCUGAUCUUCUGGGGCUCCUUCCCUUCUGGGGCUCCCUUCUCAUGUGCAGGUCUGAGCAUAAAUACUGAUGGGGCCUCUGGAAGCGCUCUCUGGGGUAGUGUCCUAGUGCAGGUCCUGACUACUACUAACACAUUCCACUUCUUGUUUUCUGAUACAGAUAGACAACCUGAAGGAUUUGCAUUUCACUUUUUGAAAAAUAAAGUGCAAUUAAACCUGUA